UUUCAGUACCAAAAGCAGUAACCCCGAGCUACACUCAUGCUUACCAUGCAGCGUUGCACAGGGAUCCCUGCAGCGCUUACCUUGUCCUUCGCUCCCGCGAUGCGUCCCCUGCAGCGUCCCCGGCCAUCUCCUCCGGCCGAUGCCAGCAUCCGGCUUCCGUGUUCAGGUCCCUGCGAGCGUCGGGACGUACGGCAAAUUUGAAAAUUUAAAAAAAAAAUUACAUAUUUUUAAAAUGAUUAUUUUGUCCCUACUGCUUUGUCCGGCGCCCUGCCUGCAUUUUGACUGUUCUUUCUG